AUGAAAAUCAACUGGCUCAACAACACCGAUAUGACAUACUCAUAUUUUGUCACUGUAAUCGUAAGUUCUCGGGAGGAUAAUAGUCGGGAAGAGCUCGGGAGCACUUUCUUGAGCAAAAUAUGGUGCAGCACCAUUUUGGUCACAAUCUUUAGCUUGGAGGAAGCGAUGGCCAAAUGAGCUUCAGGUGGGAGCAGAUCUGAAGCUAACAAGUGGACUGUUUGUUUCUAGAAGGUUUUGAAAAUCCUAAUUUUAACCUAGAAUUUGGGCCUAAGAGAAAAAUUGUGCAAAACAAAGCUCCACUGUAGCUAUGAGUUAUGACGUGGAAAAAUUAGAGCAUUUUGAAAUAUCGUGACUUGGAAAGUCUAGAACUAAAAAAAGACUUCCAUGAAAACCUGGUAGCAAAGUUUUCGAUUACGAAAAUGUAAGAAGGUCAACCCGAAUACCAAAAGAUUUUAUUUAAGAAAAGUUCGAAAUCAAAAGUUUGUCAGAUUAACCCUAUUCAAAUUAUUUAUGCCAAGGGUGUGAAAAUUUGAAAAAUUGAAUAAACUAAUCAAUCCUUCGGAAGAUGUUGCUGCUAUUAAAUUUUCAUGAGAGCUACCACGCCACGUCAAAAUUUUAGAGUUCUGUAUUUUUUGAUUGCUGGAUGACCAGUACUUUAAUUUUAAUAGGAUCCCAAUACUUCAGGAAUUUUCCGAGUUGUUAUGUUUUUUCUCCAGUUUUCCAAAAAACUUCCUCGAAAAGAUUCAAGAAAACUUUAUUAUAUCAUGAUCAUCAAAUUUGUUGUCUGGUUCAUGGAUAAAUAGAAUAACAACUACCAAAAUAUGUUGAACUAGAUUUGUUGUUCAUACACACAUUUCAACCCCUCUGUUGUACAAAUAUUGUGUUGGCCAAAAGAAGAAAAAAACUGAUCCAUGUUUGGUUUUGGUAUUUUUAUUAUUAGAAUCCGAAUAAUUUUGAUGAGGAUCUGUGUUUGUGUGUUUUUUCGGUGUGUUUUUUGAAUAUUUAUAGAUUCGUUAAUUAAUAAUUUCCAUUCAACCGUAAAAAGUCACAUGAGUGGGGGAAUCUGAUAGUUAUCAUUACUUGUUCUGAUUUCUGAAUUUAAGAAUUCAAAAUCCAGUUUCUAGAAAUUCUCACUCAUCCAAAAACUAGUUAGGAGAAUGUAUCAUUUUCAGAAAAAAAAAACCUGGCUUAAAAAAAAUCACUGUAGCUAAUCUUCUUCAGAUUUGUACUACAAAAAAUCUGGAAUGUUAUUAUAUAUUAGUACUUUUAUGGGAGUAUAUCAGAUUUAUAUAUUUCUUCUUUUGAUCACAUGGAAUAUUAUAUCCACCCCCACCAAGAAAAACAACAACCCUUCCAAAAAAGUGCACUAUUUUUCUUCUCACAAAAUUCUAGAUUUUUGAACAUCACGUUUUACUCUACACCCAAACUGAUUCAUGCACUUUUUUUCUGCAAAAAAGGGAUUAUUUUGCUCCUAGAAAAAAGGCGAAAAGACAAUUAUAUCAUGUAUAUAUGUAUGUGUGUUAUUUUUGGUUUCGGUUUCUGUUUGAAAUUUUUUGAACCAUGAAAUUUGGAGAUGUUUUUUUUGGGUUUUUUACUCAGCUGAUCUACGAUUACUAAAGAAAAAAAAAAGAGAAUGUUGCGAAAAGAAACAUAUGUAUAAUUGAAUUUCUGUUCGACUCUGACUGAUAGGUUAUUUAAAAGUUUUUUCCUUUAUUUUUUGUUUUGCUUUGAAUUGUUUGAUAUUUGUUUUAUCUUAUGGAAAAAUGAAUUUGUUUGAUUUUUAAUUUGCAGGAUCCGAAUGUGAACAUGACUGAGUCUCUUCAAGUUGCUCAUUCCAAUAUGAACAUCCAAUGUUAUUUCGAGCCCAAAGUUCACGAUCAUACUUUAUACUUUCAACUCUGCAAUCUCAAUCGUUACUUGUUGUUACCAAUUGCUAUUUCUGGCAUCUUUUGCAACGCGUGCGCUUUGGUAAGAUGAAGAUGAAAAAUUUCACACUCCCUAUCAUGCAUUCGGAAAUUUGAUAGUUUUCCCCGUUUUUGAAAUGUGCCAGGAGGUGUCCGGGUGGAUAAAAAACAUUUUUGCAUGUUUCGAAUAAUUGUAAACAUCAAGGAAACGGAAGGGGUCACAUCAAACCAGUUUUGAUUUUGAUUUUCUUAAUUAAUUCUCAAAGUUCAAACAAAAAUUUUAUAAACAAGUUUACUUUAAAUAAAUAAAUAAGAAUAAAUGGGAAUAAUCAUGUUUUUGAUUCUGAAGCCUGAAUAAACUAGUUUUGAAAAAAAUUUCAAAAAUGCUCCGUGAGCCCAAACAAAUUUCAAAAAACAACAGCAAGACUAGAUUUACACCGAGAAAUAUCGAAAUUCCAGUUUUUUUGGGCUCACGAAGCACUUUUGUAACAAAAUUUCAUCGUAAAACAUGAUUAUUCCUGGGAUUCCUUUCCAAUUAAGAACAUAAAACCAUUUUCAAAAAAUAAACAAAAACCCAUUCUCAGGUGUUUCUCUACCGUCCACCUAAAAUCACAUCCGGUGUUUUCGUCUACUUGAAAGCUUUGUUGAUUUUGGAUCAUCUCAUGUUGAUCAGCACUCUUGCUAAACAUAUGAUUCCUCAAAUUUGUGACACACAAUAUGAUCCGUCUCACACAUUUUUUGGAGUUUGUCAUCUUCAUCGGCGUUUUAUGAGAUACCCAAUGCCGAAGUAAGUUUUUCUCCAGUUACUAGAUCAGUUUCUACUACUUAUAAAUAUGAAAACUGAAAAAAAAUCCUAAAUUAUUUUUUUCCAGAAUUGAGAGCUUGAUUAGCACUUGGCAUGUUUGGACGAUUGCUGCACUAUCAGCGCAUAGAUAUUGGAAAAUAUCUCGCCCUGUUAUUUCAAGACUUCGAGACACUGUGAGUCUUGCUCACACACUUCUAUUCAUCAUGCUCUCAAUCGUCUUCAUCUAUCAGAUGCCAAACUUUUUGAUCGAAUUGGAACUUCGUUUCAAACCAAAAUUCCAAAUCAUACAUCGACGAGCAGCAACACAAGUAAGUAGUAACCAAAUAUUCAUGUAUGUAUAGAAAAACAGAAAAAUAUUGACAAAGUUUUCUAUGAAAAACAAUCAGACAGCAAAAGGUUGUUUCAACAUUUCCACGAGUUUUUGUUUUAUUUUCUCUCCAUUUUGCACUUUUUCCCAGAUAGCUGUAGUUUUUUUUUUCAACAAUAACAAUAACAAUUGAAAGGGCUAUUGCUGUCUGGUGGAAAUGAAAACAUUUAGGAUCGAAAAAUCAAAAAAAAAAGAAGAUUGUGGGUGGAUUGCAAAUUUUUUGCAAAAAAAAUUUUGGAAUGUUUACCAGUAAACAAAUAGAAAAAAGAGUAUAGUAAAAAAUGCCCGAAGGAAUAUUUAAAUAAGAUAUUUUGAAAAAAUGUUAUUCUUGGGAAAAAGAAUUGAUUCUGAUAACUUUAGGUCAUUGAUAGAUAUUAGAGAGUUAGUUUAACUUAAAAAGAUAAAUUUUGUGUUAUUUUGGAAAAAAAUGUUCCCAUUUCUGUGGAAUCAGAUUAUCUACUGGUUCCAAGAUCAGGAUAAUAAAAUAAGUUGUCGACUACCUUCAAAUAUUCUUCUUAAACCAUCCCUUUUCCAGGUGAUGAACAAGUAUCGAUUCAUCUACCAUUCUAUUCUUGAUCCACUUGUAAUCAACGUUAUCCCAUUUUUGAUUAUGUGUUAUUUCUCAUUGAUGACAUUGGCAGAAAUCUAUCGCAGUCGAUUCAACACCUAUCAAAAUUUAUCUUAUAGUAGUCGUGAACAUCGUCCAUCAAGUUCAAGUCAUCCAUUGGCUGGAUGUUUCCCCAAAAAAGCAGAACUCCUCCGACAAAAACAAGAAAUUCGAGCAACAUUUUUGAUUGUUGUUAUCAUUUUAUUGUAUUUAUGUUUCCAUUCAUUGAAAUUGUAUUCAAUGGGAAGAAAAUGGCAAUUGCUUUUGACAAGCGGAUGCCCAACGAGGUAAUUUGAGAAAUAUUUUCUUUGUUUGGGAUUAGCCCAUAUUUUUCUUGGAACUGAUGUUAGAUCUCUAUCCUUAUUGUUUUUGUUUGCUUACAAAUUUAUUUUUUUUUCAGAAGAGAUUAUUAUCAAUCACAUUUAUCGGAUGUUUUGAGUAUGAUUUCUGCCUCUGUCAACGCUUUCGUGUUCAUUGCUUUCACCAAUCAUUUGAAAACGUAUAUUCAAUUAUUACUUCGCAAAACUUCUCGAACUUUUUCCAAUUCAAGUGAGAAUCCACCAAUAAGCCCUAAAACAAUCACAUCAAUCGAAAGUUAUAAUCAUUUCUCUAUCUGA